AUGCCUGACCUGUCCGAGGAACGCCGCCUGCACCGGCAGGGCCGACAGGUGGUGGCCGGAGUGGACGAGGCGGGAAGGGGCCCCCUGGCCGGGCCGGUCGUUGCCGCGGCAGUGGUCCUGCCCAACGGAUUGACGGGAGAAGAGUCGUGGCUCCUUGCUUUGGAUGAUAGCAAACGCCUGUCCGCCCGGCAGCGGGAGGCAGCGUUUCAUUUGAUACAAGAGUAUGCUGUGGCGGUGUCGGUAGUUGAGGAAUCACCCAAUGAAAUUGACCGCAUUGGCAUUGGUCGAGCCGUGAUCCGUGCCAUGAUGAGGGCCGUGGGGGAAUUGGCGGUCAAGCCUGAGCACUUGCUGCUGGACUAUGUUCCCAUCAAGGAAUGUUCCUACCCUUUUGAGACCCUGGUGAAAGGUGAUUCCCGCAGCUAUUCCAUUGCCGCCGCUUCUAUUGUUGCCAAGGUAACCCGUGACCGGACUAUGGAAGAGGCGGACGAACUCUAUCCCGGUUACAACUUUGCCCGUAACAAGGGGUACGGCACGGCACAUCACCGCGAGCAGUUGUCAAAACUGGGACCCUGCCCGCUGCACCGCCGCUCCUUUGCCCCUUUGAGGCAGGCAGCGUUGAUCUUGGGAGAUUAA